CCAUGUAGCCGGCUUCCAACAUCUUCCCUUUUUGGCUUAAUAGUAAUGUAGUUGUUGUGGUUGUAGUGGGAUUUAUAAAUUUUUGUUAACGACGGCCCGAAGAAGGCCCCAUUUUCUGGUUCCCAAAGUUCCCCGCUGUGGAGUUCUAUAUUUAGAGUAUUGCUCAUAGGUUUACCAUAGCAUGUUCGAAAGUCGACACAACUCUUCAGAAGGGAAAUAAUUCCAGCAAGUGAAUAUCGACAGAUAAUUUGUAGAUUUCUUUGAAUGACAUUAAUCAUCAGUUAAACAUGAGCGAAAUACAAUUGUCUAUAGGUGUUAAGAUUUUUAUGGUAUUAUUCUUUAUAACCCUUGCAAUGAUGAAUACCAACGCACAUCAAUUGCAACAAGAUGAAGCUGAAUAUGAUGAAACCGGUGAAGAAUAUCUAGUCGAGUAUUUGGACAAAGACGAAUAUAAGUACAAAGAAUCUGAAUGUGGUGUAGAUUGUCUUAUCUUUAAUACAACCAGAAAACAUAUAAUGGCCUUUACGAGAGUAGACCAUAGUAUGGAUUUUAUUGAGAAGGAUGCCCAAGAUUUAAUAGCGAAUGGCGAUGACGAUUUGGAUGCAGAAGAAGACUUUGAGUAUGAUGACGAUGACUAUGAGCCCGAUGAAAUCGAAGUAGACUACGAUGACUGUGAUUGUUUUUCAGAUCCUGCUUGUUGUCUGUAUGACUUUGAUCCGGAUGACAUAGAUAAGGACGAUUUAAAAAAAUUAAAGAAAACUGGAAAAAAGAUUGUGAAAAAAGUCAAGAAAGUUAUAUCGAAUGGCCGAAAUUAUUUUGUCACAACUGUACGAAGAUUAGCCCCCAUCAGAAGGUUUACAAUAAAGACAUUUAGUUUCGCAAGACGGGAAAUUGUCAGAAGCGCAAUGUAUGUGGUUAGACAAGUUGUUUGGUCUGCAGUCAGAAUAACGCAAUUGAUAAGAAGAGUUCUUCUAGCAGUGCGCAUAAUACUCUCGGUAGCUCGUGUCUUAGUGUAUGGAUAGAUUAAAAGAAAAUAUAAACAGAAUAGAAUAGAAAAUAAAGAACAUAACCAAAUGUAAA